UAAACUUUUCAUAGUUUGAUGUCCUGUUUAUAACUGUCUCAAAUAUCACAAUUCUAUCUCUUACCACAACCACAAUAUAUCCACACACUUCUUAUUUGAAUUCAUGGCAUCAACUUCUUCUUUUGCAAGUAAUUCACACUACUGUCCUCGAUGGAAGUACGUUGUAUUUCUAAGUUUUAGUGGUGAAGAUACUCGAAAAACAUUUUCUAGUCACUUGUACGAAGGUUUGAAAAAUAGAGGAAUAUUCACCUUUCAAGAUAAUAUAAGGAUAGAGCAUGGCGAUUCGAUUCCAGAAGAACUCUUGAAAGCUAUCAAAGAGUCUCAAGUUGCCCUCGUCAUUUUCUCCAAAAAUUAUGCUUCAUCGACAUGGUGCUUGAAUGAAUUAGUGAAGAUCAUGGAAUGCAAGGAUGGAAAUGGACAAACAGUUAUACCAAUCUUCUAUGAUGUGGAUCCAUCACAUGUUAGAAACCAAAGGGGGAGCUUUGCAGAAGCAUUUGCCCAUUAUGAAUUAAAGUAUAAGGAUGAUGUUGAGGGAACUCACAAGGUGCAAAGAUGGAGGACUGCCCUAACUGCUGCUGCAAAUCUAAAAGGAUAUGAUAUCCGUGACGGAAUUGAAUCAGAGAAUAUCCAGCAGAUCGUCGAUCACAUUUCUUCCAAAUUAUGCAAGAGUGCUUAUUCGUUAUCUUCUUUGCAAGAUAUUGCGGGAAUAAAUGCUCAUUUAGAGAAACUAAACUCGCAUCUUCAGCUAGAAAUCAAUGAUGUUCGGAUUGUAGGAAUUUGGGGAAUAGGUGGAGUCGGUAAAACGACAAUAGCAAAAGCCAUCUUUGAUACUCUGUCUUAUAAAUUUAAAGCUGCUUGUUUUCUUGCCGAUGUUAAAGAAAAUGCAAAAAAUAAUCAAUUACAUUCUUUACAAAAUACACUUCUCUCUGAACUGUUAGGAAAAAAAGAUGAUUACGUCAAAAAUAAGUAUGAUGGGAAAUGCAUGAUUCCAAGCAGACUUUGUUCUAAGAAGGUGUUAAUUGUACUUGAUGACAUAGAUCAUAGUGAUCAUUUGGAGUAUUUAGCAGGUGAUCUUGGUUGGUUUGGUAAUGGCAGCAGAGUUAUUCUUACAACUAGAAAUAAACAUUUGAUAGACAAUGAUGAAGAAAUAUAUGAGGUGUCUACCCUACCUGAUCAUGAAGCUAUGCAAUUGUUCAAUCAACAUGCAUUUAAAAAAGGAGUAUCAAAUGAGCGUUUCAAGAAGUUCUCAUUGGAGCUAGUAAAUCAUGCUAAAGGUCUUCCUUUAGCACUGAAGGUGUGGGGUUCUUUGUUGCAUAGGAAAGGCCUAACUCAGUGGAGAAGCACUUUAGAUCGAAUAAAAAAAAAAUCUAGUUCAGAAAUUGUUGAAAAACUCAAAAUAAGUUAUGAUGAGUUGGAGCCCGAAGAGCAAAAGAUAUUUUUAGAUAUAGCAUGUUUUUUCCGAGGAUAUAGAAAAAAAAGAGUCAUGCCAAUCCUUGAGAGCUAUGAUGUUGGAGCUGAAUACGGAUUGGAUGUCUUAAUUGAUAAAUCUCUUGUGUUUAUCUCCAAAAAUGAUAUGAUUGAAAUGCAUGACUUGAUUCAAGAUAUGGGUAGAUAUGUCGUAAAAAUGCAAAAAGAAUCGGGAAAACCUAGCAGACUUUGGGACGUUGAAGAUUUUGAAGACGUGAUGGUCAAUGAUAUGGGUACCAAGCUGGCAAUGGAAGCAAUCUGGCUAGAAGGUGUUCAAAAUCUAUGCUUUAGUAAUAAAUCCAUGGAAAAUAUGAAAAGGCUUAGAAUAUUAUACAUCUAUGGUUUUCAUGCACAUGAUGACUCCAUCGAGUACCUGCCCAACAGCUUGCGUUGGUUUGACUGUUGUGCGUAUCCUUGGGAAUCCUUACCAGAAAAUUUUGAACCCAAAAGGCUUGUUCAUCUUGAUCUCCGGGGGAGUUUACUGCGUCAUUUAUGGACAGAAUUAAAGCAUUUGCCGUCUCUGCGAAAUCUAAAUCUUAACCACUCCAAAAGGCUGAUGCGAACACCAGAUUUCACGGGGAUGCCAAAUUUGGAGUAUUUGGAUCUGGGAUGUUGUAGUAAUCUUGAAGAGAUUCACCAUUCCCUCGGAUGUUGCAGAAAACUCAUUAUGUUAGAUUUAAGAGAUUGUGAAAUCCUUAAGACAUUUCCAUACGUUAAUGUUGAAUCUCUUGAGUUUCUGAAUCUACAAUUUUGUUCUAGUUUAGAGAAAUUUCCAGAAAUCCUCGGAACAAUGAAGUCGGAGUUAGAGAUUAAGGUGGAACUCUCUGGGAUAAGGGAACUACCAUCAUCUAUUCAGUACCUAACUCAUAUUACGAGGCUAAAUUUGAGUGAUACGAAAAACCUUGUAGCUCUUCCGAGUAGCAUUUGUAAGCCGAAAGGUUUGGUGAAGCUAGAUGUGUCGUGGUGCACAAAACUUGAAAGCUUGCCAGAAGAGAUAGGUGAUUUAGAAAACAUGGAAAAGCUUGAUGCCAGACAUACACUAAUUUCACAACCUCCACCUUCCAUCGUCCGCUUGAACAAGCUUAAAUUCUUGACGUUUGGACCAAACAAAUCACAAGAUGGAGUGUUCUUUGUGUUCCCUCAGGUGAAUGGAGGGUUAUGCUCAUUGGAAAUUCUGGAUCUCAGUUACUGCAAUCUAAUUGAUGAAGGACUUCCGGAAGACAUUGGAUGCUUAUCCUCUUUGAAAGAGUUGUAUCUCGAUGGAAAUAAUUUUGAGCAUUUGCCUCGAAGCAUAGCCCAACUUGGUGCGCUUCGUUCCUUGUACUUAUCAAAUUGCACAAGGCUUAAAGAGUUGCCAGGUUUCACGAGGAUGCCAAACUUGGAGACUUUGAAUCUGCCAAAUUGUAUUAAUCUCGAAGAGGUUCAUCAUUCCCUGGGAUUUCUCAGAAAGCUCUUGAGAUUAGAAUUGACUGAUUGCGAACGGCUUAAGAGGUUUCCAGCUCUAUGCAUCGAUACCCUUGAAUAUCUUGCUAUGAAGGGGUGCUCUAAUUUAGAAAAUUUUCCAGAAAUCAUUGGAAGCGUGAAUUUGGAGUUAAAGAGUGGGAUAAGGUACCUAUAUUUGAUACUCUUAGAAAAUCUUGUAGCUCUUCCAAGCAGUAUUUGUAAGUUGAAAGGCUUGGUAGGUCUAGAUGUGUCGUGGUGCUCAAAACUUGAAAGCUUGCCAGAAGAGAUAGGUGAUUUAGAAAACUUGGAGGAGCUUGAUGCCAGCUAUACUCUAAUCUCACGGCCUCCGCCCUCCAUUGUCAGGUUGAAAAAGCUCAAAUUCUUGAGUUUUGCAAAACAAAAAUCACAAGAUGGAGUGUACUUUAUGUUCCCUCAAGUGAAUGAAGGGUUACGCUCACUGGAAAUUCUAGAUCUCAGUUACUGCAAUUUCAUAGAUGGAAGACUUCCGGAAGAAAUUGGAUGCUUAUCCUCUUUAAAAGAGUUGAAUCUCAGGGGAAAUAAUUUUGAGUAUUUGCCUCAAAGCAUAGCCCAACUUGGCUCUCUUCGAUUGGACUUAUCACAUUGCAACAGGCUUAUAAAGCUGCCAGAAUUUCCAGUGCAAUUGGAUACAAUAUAUGCAGAUAGGAGCAAUGGUUCGAUCUGUAAUUCGCUGUUUCGGAAUAUCUCAUCAUUGAAGCAUGACAUGUAAGCUUCAGAUUCCUCGUCACUAAGAGUAUUUACCUCUGGAGAGAAUAUCCCAACUUGGUUCCACCACUGGGGAACUGGUAGAAGGGUAACAAUCAAGUUGCCUGAAAAUUGGUAUGCAAGGGAUAACUUCUUGGGAUUUUUUGUAUGUUACUCUGGCAGCUUAAUUGACACCAAAGCAUACUUGAUCCCCUUAUGUGAUGAUGGGAUGUCGUGGAUGACCCGGAGACUAAAAUUAGCCCUUCCAAAAUGUAGUACAGAACCUAAUAUUCAUUUUUUCUUGGUACCUUUUGCUGGCUUAUGGGAUACAUCUAAGGCAAAUAGAAAAACACCUAAUGACUAUGGGCUUAUUAGGUUAUGUUUUUCUGGUGAAAUGAAAAAGUUUGGAUUCGUUUGUUGUAUAAAGAUGAGCUUGAGACAUUGUUACAAAUGAGGGAAAACAAUGAUGAACCAACAGAACAUGGAAGAGCAGAUAUGAUAGUAGUGAACACCAUGACUCCAUGAGAAACAAAGGUCACAUUUCUAAUAUUCAUCGGAGCUCUGUCUUUGAGAAUCGGCAGCAACAAGUAUGUUCGUGUAAAUAUAGGAGCUCAUCAAUGGGUGAGUUACAGAGCAAGCUUUCUUCCAUGACGUGAAAUUCGGUGGGGUUUUCAGGCCAGUGCAUAUGCUGAGGAGUUUAUGUGGCAGUUCUCACGGUUUGAUCAACAGGGAAAGAGUUUGAAGAUGUUCAGGAAAAAUCAGAAGUUUUUUGUCAAAAGGUGGAACGACUCAGUUUAACACUUCUGCAUUAAAACAAUUUCUUGUCGAAAGAUGAAUGUACAUGAAGCAAGAAACUUGAGCCAAAACGGGUGGAUGAAAUAAGUCUAGGAACUAUCAGCAAGUCGCCUCACAUCAGAAAGCACGAGUGGUCCAAAGGGGAACUAUUCUUCCAUUGGUAUGCAGAAUUCAAAUACUGAAGAAGCAUAGUUAUCUACUGCAAAUCAACAAUGGUAGAAGUAGAAGUAUUUUGUGAAUAUGAAGCCCUGCAAAUGAUCAGUCUAGCAUGCAGAUUAAGUAGUUCAGAGCAGUGAUGUUAGAAAAUUAUCGCUUCGAAUUGUCUACCAUUCUUCAUCUUGGUGACUUAAGUUAGUUAAAAAUAUCUUUGACAAC